AAAACAUUGUUUCCACUUGCCUGACAUGUAUUUGUUUUCUUGAUUAAGUGGAAUGCUAGAACAUUUAGUAUUGCAUUGUGUAAUGGGGUGGUAAUGAGAAUACUUAUCUUAUUUCUAACUUUAAUGGAAAUAGUCCUAAUUAUUUUAACCAUUAAGCACGAUUUUGGCUGUGAUUUGAUGUGAGUUUUCUAUCACCACACAUAUAUAACAAAUAUAUAUGUAUGUGUAUGCAUGGGUGUGAAUAUAUAUAAUCUUAAGGAUGUAUUCUUUAGAAUAGAAGUUGAAUAUUAAAUGCUUUUUUGGCUUCAAUCAAGAAGGUCAAAUACUAUUUUACCUUUGCUAUAUGAAUUCCAAUAUCAAAUCAUCUUCACAUUCCUUGAUGAUUAAUUUUUCUCUUAAUGCUUGAUUCUGUUUGACAAUAUUUUAUUCAGGAUUUUGGUAUAAUAUUCACAAAUCAUAUUAGCCUGUAGUUUUCUUUAUGCAUUUCAUCUCUGUCAUAUUUUGGUAUCAGUUUUAUGCUGGCUUCAUAAAAACAAUUUGGAGGCUUUUCUUCUUUCUCUGUACUCUAGAAUUGUGAAAAUGGUGGAGGAAUUAUCAUUUUGUUAAAGUUUUAAAAGCAUGACAGAUCGUACCAUUUGGACCUUGUUCUUUUAUGCACGAGUAGAGUGAUGGCCAUGGGUGAAAACUUUCUCAAUUUAUUCCAUGGCUACUGGUCAUUUUAGGCUUUAUUUUUGAGUCAGUUUUGGUAAUUUGGUUAUUUGCUUUAGAAAGUCACUUUAUCCAAAUUUUAAAUGUUAUUAGCAAAGUAGUUCAAAAUAUCUUUCCAGAGUGUUUAAAGAUUUUUAAAAAUGGAAUUUGCUUUUGCAGCUCAGGGGGCCAACGGUGCAUUGGGGAACACAGCUGUGGAUACCAGCUUGCUGGAAGAGUUAAUGGGCCAUGACUUUGAUUUGGGGGCCUUGCAACGCCAGCUACCAGAUACCCCACCCUACUGUGCAUCAGACCCAUGCUCUCCUCCACAGAUCAAAGGUGCAUGCUCCCGAACUCUGAGGCCUACAGCUGGGAGGACUCCAGCUACCUUUCUCCACUCGUCAGCUGCAGCUGCACCUGGGAUGGUGCCUUCACAACCGCCACAGAGCAUAUCUGAAAUGAGCAACUCUGACCAUACCCACAGUGGCUUUCACAACUGCUACCCAAGCAUCAAUCAUCCUGCAACUCUGCUGGACCAAUCCGUGUCCUCCCAUCUGGGGAUGAAUUGUUCUUACCAUCAGCAGCUUCUGUGCCACAACCCUGGAGACUCCUUGCCACCAGCCAAGAAGAGGAAGCACACACAGGUGCUGGAAGACUCCGGGGACUGCCGAGUGUGGGCCCAUCACCCCAGACCAAUGACAAGUAGGAGUUACAGCAGCGAAGUACAAGACCAUGAAAGUGAGGGGCAGAGUGCAAUGCUCAUGGACCAGUGCUCUCCUGCUCUGAAGUGGCAGCCGUACCAAAGUGUCUCCUGGCACAGCUUAUUAAACAGCCAAUAUGAAAAAUUACCUGAUGUAGGCUAUCGAGUUAUCAGCGACAAAGGAUUUAAUUUUUCACCAGCAGAUGAAGCUUUUGUUUGCCAAAAGAAGAAUCACUUUCAAAUAUCUAUCCAUAUCCAAAUUUGGGGAAGUCCAAAAUUUGUCAAAACCGAAAUGGGCGUAAAGCCAAUAGAAAUGUUUUACUUGAAAGCUUUUGGAGUUAAGGUAGAAGCCACCAAUCAAAUAAUUACUGUUGAACAGUCCCAAGCAGAUAGAAGCAAAAAGAUUUUCAACCCUGUUAAAAUUGACCUACAGGCUGACCAGGUAACCAAAGUUACACUGGGAAGAUUACACUUCAGUGAAACCACAGCAAAUAACAUGAGAAAGAAGGGAAAACCAAAUCCCGAUCAGAGAUACUUCAUGUUGGUGGUUGGACUAUAUGCUGCUAAUCAAGACCAGUUCUAUUUGUUGUCUGCCCACAUCUCUGAAAGGAUCAUUGUGCGGGCCUCUAACCCUGGGCAGUUUGAAAAUGACAUUGAUGCAUUAUGGCAGCGGGGACAAGUUCCAGAAUCUGUUGUCUGUCAUGGCCGAGUAGGAAUAAACACGGAGGCACCAGAUGAAGCCCUGGUUGUCUGUGGCAAUGUGAAAGUGAUGGGGACAAUCAUGCAUCCCUCUGACAGCCGGGUGAAGCAGAAUAUCCAGGAGGUUGAUACAAAUGAACAGCUGAAAAGAAUCGCCCAAAUGAGGAUUGUUGAAUACGACUACAAACCUGAAUUUGCAUCUGCCAUGGGAAUAAACACUGUCCAUCAAACAGGAAUGAUUGCCCAGGAGGUACAAAAGAUCCUGCCCAGAGCUGUGAGAGAGGUUGGUGAUGUCACCUGCGAAAAUGGAGAGAAGUUGGAGAACUUCCUCAUGGUGGAUAAGGACCAGAUCUUUAUGGAAAAUGUAGGUGCAGUGAAGCAGCUCUGCAAACUAACCAACAACCUUGAAGAAAGAAUAGAAGAGUUAGAAAUAUGGAACAGGAAGCUGGCCAGGCUAAAGCGGCUCAGUAGUUUGAAGUCCUCGGUCAGUGAAGCAAGCUCAAUCAGCAAAUUUAGCAGAGCUGCUAGUGUAUCUUCCCCAAGAAGGGCCGUUCCAAAAGCACCCAACAAGGUUUAUUUUUCAGGAAAAAAACAGUCGUGUCCUAACUGGGUUUUCCAGACCUUGGUUAUAGCUCUAAUUGCUGUGAUGGCAUUUUGUGCCUUGACAAUAGUCUCCCUUUACAUACUUAGCUUGAAAGAUCAAGAUCAAUGUGUCCCAAAUCUCCUUCCAAGCAAUAUCACAAGCUCUCAGGAGCCAGCUCUGUCACCUGCGGCCUCCCCCUCAGCACUUAAUACGUCCCUGGCAACCACACAGCCCUACCUCCAAGUACCGGAAAUAACUUUCUGUGAGGUCCUGCCAUGUCAGAAGACUUACUGCUGCCCCAUCUGGGGAAUCGGAAGAGCCUUUUCAAGUCCUGUGCAAAGACAAUCUGAGCAGGAGAAGGAACUCCGUCAGAGGCCAUGGGCAGAAGAUAGAAGGAAAACAUCCCUGGCAAGAAAUGCACAGACCAGCCCUGACUGGGGAAGUGACCGGAUUGAUACAACCAUCAGUUCUAUUCAGAUUAUGGAAAUCCAGCAAAGGAUAGAUCAUCGGUAUUGUAGUAGAAGCCUCCAGUGCGGGUCUGGAAAUUACAAUUACAAUAUUCCUGUUAAUAAGCACACACCCACUAAUGUCAAAUUCUCUCUGGAAAUCAACACAACAGAGCCAUUGAUAGUCUUCCAGUGCAGAUUCACCCUUGGAAAUAUAUGUUUCCGUAGUAAAAGGGAAGCCAGUGGGAUCCAAAAUUACAGAGCAAUCUCCCAGGAGAUGACACAGGGAUAUCAACACAUUUGGAGCCUCCCUGUAGCUCCUUUCUCUGACAGCGCAUACCAUUUUCGUGUAGCGGCACCGGAUUUAGCUGACUGUUCAACGGAUCCUUAUUUUGCUGGGGUAUUCUUUACAGAUUACAUCUUUUACUUCUAUCGACGCUGUACCUAAUUUAUUCAAGUUUGGUUGGAAACUCUACCAAAG